ACAGAUUGAGAGAACUUGUGAUCAAGGCAGCAGCAGAAGCAGUAGGAACAGCUCGGCGCCCCGCGAGAUAAAACUCGACCGCAGGAGCAACACCACAGCCAUCUUUCAAUCUGUCCUGCUCCGUCAAACAACAUGGACUGCGGAAUUUUCACGUCCAAGGCCGUCCUCCUCUUCCUCAGCUUCGUUUUUGCGCUUGCAGGAGGGGCGUUGGCCUACGUCGGUGCCUAUGUGAUCAAGAGCUAUGACAACUUUGAAAACUUCAUUCAGGACAAGUACACGUUGAUCCCAGCAGCUAUCAUCCUCGGCGUCAGCGCACUGAUGUUCAUUAUUUUUCUGGUGGGAUGCUGCGCCACACUUGGGGAGUCCAAAGUCUGCCUUAGCUUUUUCUUUCUGAUCAUCAUGGUGAUCUUUGCAGCUGAAGUGGCGGCUUUGGUAUUUAGCUUCAUCUACCAAGGCAAGAUAAGCGGAGACCUGGAGCGCUCAAUGAAUGACGUCUUCACAAAGUAUGAUGGACAGGACACUGAAACCAAAGCUGUGGACUACCUGCAGAAACAAUUGCGGUGCUGUGGUGUCAGAAAUUACACCAGCUGGUCCAACACUACCUGGUUUAGCAGCCACAACAACACAGUGCCUCUGUCGUGCUGUAAAAACAGCACCAGCACACAGUGCACUGGCAGACUGGAUCAACCAGACCUGCUUAACAUCGAGGGUUGUGAGUCCAAGCUGAAUAGUCUCCUACAGGAUGUGCUGGGUUACGCCAUGCUGGUCAUUCUGGGCUUCGCCAUCAUCAAGUUCUUUGGGAUGCUGAGCGUGUGUGUGAUCACUUGUAAAUCUGGCAGCCGGAGGAGUGGCUAUCAGCCUCUCUAUGCCUGAACCACUUCCCGCAACUACCUACCACCCCGUCAUUUUGCUUGACAAAGGUUUUGCUGACCACUUACUCUGCGGUGUACAGAAGCAUCCAGGCCAAUCAUUGUACAAAUCUGAGUUUUAUUUAACUAAUAAGCAUAAUAAGCAUGCACAAGUGGCAAGCCUUGUCACGUCCAAAGGGGAUCAUACCACAACAUUCCUCAACAGGUGAAAUCAGGAUAACUGUUUCUCUGACUUGUUAAAUCAUUUUUGCUGAAUGUGGACAUGGCUUUCAAUUUUUAUUUGUUGUAUAAAUUUCCCUCUUUGGAGAUUUAUAUGAUAAAGUUUCUGUAAGAAUCCUGCACUUUCACAGCCCAACUACGGCCUUCCUUUGUGCCGACACAUGUGAUACAUUACACAAUAACACAAGAUUGUUUCCUGAAGGCCUUACACUCUAAAGCGUCUUUUAGUUUCUAAUGCUCCCUGUAAACCUAGGACAGCUGCAAUGAAGAGAAACUUGUAAAUCUUGGCGAGCCUUCUCACUCUGCUGUAUCAUGUAGAUAUUCUUUUAAACAGCCUAUUCUUUAGAAUGUACUAAAAUGAAGGACUUCAAACUAUAUUUUAAUCUUUUUUUGUGAUUGUGAAUGAAAGGACAGCUGUUCAUUGCCUUAUUUAGGUACAUAUAUGUAAAAUGUUAUGUCAUUGGUUGUGUUUAUUAUGUUUCUAAAUUAAAACAUUCCCAAAACGCAGUUAUACAA